UGGGGAUUCUAGGAGGGGCUUCACAGUGACCUCAUAGGCUACUUCAUAUAUUGUAAAUCUGAACCGGCAUUAUCUAAAUAUUCUGCCUUUAAUCUAACCGCAUUGCAACGAAAGCUUACAUCUAUUCAGCAUCUGUCAAUCUGACCUCUGUAUCCUUCACAAAUCCAACGCACGACGCAGAGCUCUAAGGAUGAAGAUUGAAAACAGCCUGCCCUGCUCUCAACUCCCUGAGGCCCCUCCUCAGACAGGGCUGCAUUUUACAGUGGCGACGGAGGAGGACUUUGAUGACAUCAUGGCCAUGAGCAAGGAUAUCUAUGGUGGCCUGGACUAUCUGCCCUCCCGCUAUCAAGCCUGGCUGCAAGAGAGCAACCGCACUGUCAUUUUGGCUCGAAAGCAAGGCAAAGUGAUUGCACUGGAGUCAGUGUGUGUUAUCGAUGAUGGCGAGACCAUGCUGGUGGAAGGGCUUCGUGUUGCCCCACAGGAGAGGGGGAAAGGUGUGGCAGGGGUACUUCUUCGCUUUUGCUCUCAGCUGGUUAAGUCCAAGUACCCCGACAUUAAAGUCAGCAGGCUGACAAGAGAUGACCAACUGGGGCCAAAAGACUUCCAGAAGUACAGACUCAUCACCAAACAGGGAAUCCUUCUGGUGCGCUUCCGUGCCGAAGACCUUAAAUUACGCCUUGCUGAUCUUGGGCCUAAUAUCACUGUAUCUGGGAAGGGUCUGUCCACCACAAACAUCCCGAUCCGUUUGGAGCCUGCAGAGGUGCAUCAGCUCUUCCUAAGCGAUGUUCUAAUGCAGGGUGUCCUUCCUAAUGCCACCAUCGUUCAAGACUGGCAGCCCUUCAAGCCUCUGCCUAGCAACAUGGCCAUCCUGCUGAAGAAGGACAUCGAUUGGAUGGUUGACGAUGCCAGGCGCCCAACCAUGGCCAGCUUGUGCACCUUCCCAUUCCAUGUGCCAAUCGGUGAUGACUGGUACUACCUCAACAUCGACAUGUUUGGUAAAGACCUGACGCUGGCUAUACAACAGCUGCUGUGCCACCUGAGGUGCCACACUGGCACUCUGAAGGGUUACGUCAUGUGUCAGGUGUUCCUGGAGCCUGCGCUGUGGAAGCCCAUGGCUGAUUUCUUUAGGGAGACCCUUAAAGUGGAGCUGGUGAAAGAGUACACAGAGCAGUGUGUCGUGGAGUCUGAUGUUGUUUAGUCGAAGAGCCUCAGAAACACCUUCCCUUAAAAUUAGACACCAAACCUACAUUAAAGAGAGGAAAUUUAACAUCUCCCUCACAUAUGGCACCUAAAAGAAAAAACACCUAAUAUAUCUACUCUAAAGGGACGAAAAAACUUCAUCUCAAUUCCACUUAAUGAAAACAUUCAUAAGAUUAAUUAAUUUUAACAACAACUAAUUAAAAUAAAAUGCAUGUAAGUGAACAAACUAGAAUAAAUGUAGUAGACGCUUGUUUAGGUUAUUUAAUUUAUUUCCAUAUGCAGUACUGUAAACAGUGGCGCUGACAGGACAGGGACUGGAAAAGAGGGUAGCAGUUUUAGAUUAUAUAAAAUAAGGACCCAAAUUGUUCCAGGCCCUUUCAUUUGUUGGCAUCGCUGACAGUGAAAGCAUAUUUACUCAUGCUGAGUUGAAAAGAAAACUGCACAAUCUUUAGGGCACUUUAUGAAAAA